AAGACCUGACAGAUCCCGUCCGCUGCAACUCCAUCGAAGAGAUCCGCGCCCUUCGCGAAGCGCACCAACAGUUCCAACAGAGUCUUAGCGGCGCUCAGAAUGACUUCGAAGUGUUGGCCCAAUUGGAUCGUCAGAUCAAGAACUUCAACGUCGGUCCCAAUCCGUACACGUGGUUCACAAUGGAGGCGUUGGAGGACACGUGGCGUAACCUUCAGAAGAUUAUUCAGGAGCGCGACGUCGAGUUGGCCAAAGAGUAUCAGAGGCAGGAGGAGAACGAUCGGCUCCGACGCGAGUUCGCCAAAUACGCCAACGCUUUCCACCACUGGAUUACGGAGACCCGCUCAUCAAUGAUGGAGGGCUCGGGCACUCUGGAGGCUCAGUUGGACGCCACCCGUCGAAAGGCUGCGGACGUUAGGGCCAAACGAUCCGAUCUGAAGAAGAUCGAGGACUUGGGCGCCACUUUGGAGGAGCACUUGAUUCUGGACAACCGCUAUACAGAGCACUCGACUGUAGGAUUGGCGCAACAGUGGGACCAAUUGGAUCAGUUGGGAAUGAGAAUGCAACACAAUCUGGAGCAACAGAUUCAGGCGCGCAAUCAGUCCGGUGUGAGCGAAGACGCGCUCAAAGAGUUCUCAAUGAUGUUUAAGCACUUCGACAAAGACAAGAGCGGACGCCUCAACCACCAGGAGUUCAAGUCCUGUCUG